UCCUAUGGUCCAGGAGCUCUCCCCUGCCCACUGCUAAAGCCACAUCGCUCCCAGCUCCUCCCAGAGCCACCCUGCAGCCAAAGCAUCCAUCAAGGACCCUUUGGAACCCGAGCUUCCCAUCUUUGCAACCAGUGCCGCAGGUUUUCUGCUUGCCAAAGCAUUGCUUCAGCUGGGGUUAAGCAAGCUCGACCUAUAUAAGAACAGAGGGCAGAGGGCACAGCUUUGACACAUCCAUCCCUCCAAGGAGCUGUAGACGGCUCCGUGCCGACGGCUGCAUCCCCGCUCCCGGCAGCCGCUGCCUCGGCCCCCUAUGCUGUUGGGGAUGAGUGCCUGCAGCAGGAAGGCGCUGACCCUGCUCAGCAGUGUGUUUGCUGUCUGCGGCCUCGGCCUCCUGGGCAUCUCCGUCAGCACCGACUACUGGCUCUACCUGGAGGAGGGCAUCGUCCAGCCCCAAAACCAGACGGCUGAGAUCAAACUGUCGCUGCACUCGGGGCUCUGGAGGGUCUGCUUCCUGGCAGGUGAAGAGCAUGGCCGGUGUUUCACUAUUGAAUACAUCAUGCCCAUGAACAUCCAGCUGACGUCUGAGUCCACGGUCAAUGUCCUGAAGAUGAUUCGCUCUGCCACCCCCUUCCCUCUGGUCAGUCUCUUCUUCAUGUUCAUCGGCUUCAUCCUGAGCAACAUCGGUCACAUUCGGCCCCACAGGACCAUCCUCGCCUUCGUCUCGGGGAUAUUCUUCAUCCUCUCCGGUCUGUCCUUGGUGGUGGGGCUGGUCCUCUACAUAUCCAGCAUUAACGACGAGAUGCUGAACAGGACCAAGGACUCGGACACGUUCUUCAAUUACAAAUAUGGGUGGUCGUUUGCCUUCUCUGCCAUCUCAUUCCUUCUCACAGAGAGCGCCGGGGUGAUGUCCGUUUACCUCUUCAUGAAGCGAUACAUGGCCGAGGACAUCUACAGACCUCACCCCAGCUUCUACCGUCCCCGUCUGAGCAACUGCUCCGACUACUCGGGGCAGUUCUUGCACCCGGACGCAUGGGCACGGGGACGGAGCCCUUCGGAUAUCUCCAGCGAGGCCUCCCUGCAGAUGAACAGUAGCUACCCUGCUCUGCUCAAGUGCCCCGACUAUGACCAGAUGUCCUCGUCCCCGUGCUGAGCCCCACCAGCCCUGCGCCCGCUCCCACCCAAGCGCCGAUGGUCGCUGACUCCGUUUGUCAUUGGUUUUUAGGCCACUCUUUCAGAGCAAUUCUCUAUUUAUAGGAGUGUAAAUAUAACCAGGGAGAUCGGUUAUAUAACCAACCAUGAAACACAGAGAAUUGGGAUAUUUUCCUUUGGUUUUGUGGCUUGUUUUUCUUUUCCUUUUAAUUCUUCCCUGCAUAACUAAAACCUUUCCAAAGUCCUUUUCCUUCAGCUCAUCCUGCUGAGCAAACAGCAGUUCUGCCUGCGGGAUAAAUCCACGGCUGGACUCAAGCAGAAAAAGGAAAUAGAGUAGAACGAAAGGAGGGAAAAAGUGUAGUUUUUGGUUUAGGUAGGCUGCAGAAGUUUGUGCAUUUACCGUAUCAUUUAUUCUAGAUUCAGUGGCCUAAGUGCUAGCAGGCAUCAAAGAUUGGUGUAAAUCUCCAAGAAAGAGCCAUCAUUA